AUGAGCCCGUCGACUCCGCCACCCCCGACCAAAGAUUGCCGCAACUGUAAUCGUCGACGGAUUCGCUGUGAUCGCGGCAUCCCGACCUGCGUCAAGUGCCACGCCAAAGGUCUUACGUGCCCUGGAUACGGGUUACACCUUCGAUGGGCCAACUCGACAGGGCGGAAUGCGCGUCCGAAAGCGAGGAGCAAGCCAUCUUCACGCUCAGAUGCGACAGUGCCGCCAUUGCUGAGCAACGAUCAUGAAUCAGGUCUCUCUGCGAGCCCGCUCUCACAGACCUCGUCGCCGGUUGGCUCGUCGGAGGCGGUUUUAGAGACACUCCCUGAUUCUGUCCGUCAACGCUUACUCAACCACUAUGCCGCACACAUAGCUCCGCGAAUGGUGUGGGUCGACUCUGAUCGUAACGAAUACAAGCGACUAGUCGUUCCCCUGGCCGGUGCACAGAUGGUGCUGAGGCACGCAAUCAUGGCUACAGCGGCGGCUCAUUCGUGCGACCAGGAGAUUGACAGAUCGGCAGUGUCGAGCGCGGCAUGCAAGGAUGCCCAACAACGGAUCACACAGCGUGUUCGCCGGAUGAUCCAGAGUGACUUGGAUUCGGAUGACUCGGUUCCAAAUCCUGAUGACACCGAGGAUACGAACGAAGCCGUGCUUGCCAGUGCACUAAUUCUCUCCAACCAUUCACUGUUGACCUCCCAGUUGUCCGAGGCCCAAAUCCAUCGCCGUGCAGUCCGUGUCCUCAUCAACUCCAUACUGUUCUCGGGGCCAUCAGAUGGCCAGCUGUUCAGUUUCCUUCGCAAUCAAGCUGCUAUUUUCGACGUCUUCACAUGCACCACCAUAGUGAUCGACUCGGAUCAUGUUGAAGGAGCCGUGCUCCCAGGCGGCGAGCAGGACAGUGUCCUAUUUGGAAAUUUCCUCGUGGUGGUCCAGGACAUUACCUUGGAGUCGAUCCACAGACACAUCGGCAACCAACCAUCACCCGCGACUGACGUCGGUGAUUUCGAGGACCGCUUUGAGCUUGCACGAGCAUCUACACUUGCAGUGGCAGCAGCACUGGGAGUGUCGUGUCAGGACACGAUGAAUAUCGAUUUGGUCCGACUGGUCGACAUCUAUCACCACGCAGGCGUGCUCUACGCAUUUAAGCGCCUGAAGAACGAGACUUCUAACCCGGAGGAGGACUAUCAUAUCCGAAGACUCUUCAGAGUCAUUCAGAAUCUUGAUGAUCUAAACGGAGCAUUACACAACUUGGCGUGGCCAAUAUUUAUCGCCGGACUCUGUAGCUGGCCAAACAUCGAGCGAAUUCACACGGUCCAGCAAAUCUCAGGUUUGAUAUCGGAAAAGACAGGCUUCUGCCACUACAAAUCCAUAUCGGACUUCCAUCGCGAGCUUUGGGAUAGUCCACACCACAACUGGCUGUUAUUGGCAAGAGAGUGGGAGACGAGGCAUCUUCCUCUGAUCCCGGUUUGA